AUGGGUCAACAACUGUCUUCGACUAAUUUGAAAAUUCCUGAUUUAUUGGCUGUCAAUAAUCAACAUUCAGAUAAGAUAUUAUCUGAUGGUCGAACAGAAGAUGUUCAUUUAUUUUUACCCUUGGAUAUCAUCAAUUCAAUCAGUAAAAACAUAAUCUUAUCUCAUGAUGAUGAUCAGAAAAGUUCGAUUGAACUACCAAUUACAAAACAAACAUUGAUCAAACAAAUUCGCAGUGAUCUAUCCUUACUAACGAAUUCACCUGAACUAGAUGCAUUCAACACGGAUAUGGCAGGAAUAAUUCAACAAGUAUUCGAUCAUAUUGCGACAACAAAUACAACUUUACAAAAUGCUAUACAAUCAAACAUUGACAAAGAACAACAAUUGAAAAAGUCUUAUGCUGAAAAAUUAAAGGAUGAUGAAAAUACAACUACUUCUAUAUUUGAUCAACCAUUUGUCGAUUCUUCUAGCCCAGAGAACGUAUCAAAUGAAAAUCAAACAAACAAUAAUUCGAUCAAACAACAACAAUUACAUCAAUUUCAAGCUGAACAACUCUCAUUUUUUGCUGUUCAAUCGUUAAUAUCUAUGCUACUGAUGUUAUUUCAAUCAGUACAAAAAUAUGAUUCUACUAUUAUUCAUCAAAUGCUCAUUUUGACAAAUCAACUUGUCGAACAAAUUCCACUGAAUUAUCUUUCUCCAGAUGUUUACAAAAAAUCAAGUAAUCUAUUUAAAUCUUUGAAACCAUUGGCCAAAUAUAUUAAUCAAUUUUCAAUACAAACUGAAAUUGAUCCUAUUGCAGCAAAUCAAUCGAUUACAAUUUUGUUGAAUUUUUCGAUUAUCAAAGGAUCAUUCAAAGAUGUUCUACCAUUAAUAAGAAAAUUAAUAUUCAAUACAACUGAUAUUUAUGACAUAAGAAAAUUAUUCAUAGAAUUGAAUAAAGAUUUAACGACAAUUACAUCAAAGCAUGGUGCAGAUAGCGACGGAACAUCCAAAGAACAGGAUCAAACUGAAGCAGCAUUAUCCACAAAAAACCUAUCCGAUAUUGAACGUAAUUGUUUGGCCUCAUUGGAAUAUCUCAAAUCAAUUGAAGUGUUUCCAAGUACACAAUUAAUAGCAUUAAACGAUCGAAAAUUCACUGGUCAAUUCAUAUCUUCAAUUUUACUUGUUCAUAUCGAUUUACACAAUCAACUUCAGGCGAAAUUACAAUUUGAACGUGGUUCUAUGAUUGGUUCGUUUUCAUUUGAAUUUGAACCAGAAACAUUCAAAUAUUUAUAUGAAAUAAUCGAACAAUUAACUAUGAUGCAAUCAUUAUCGAAUGAUAAUCUCGAAUAUAUCUUGACCGUUUGUCUACGAUUAUUUAUGACACAUUUUAAAUUUUUAAUCGCUUCAAAUAUUGACAAUUUUCAUGAUUUUAUGAACGAAAAUGACAUUGAAAAAUGGUUCAUAUUAAUAUCGAAAUUUGCUUUCGAUGAUAAAUCAGAAGAGAGAAAAAAAGAAGCAUCAAAAAUUUUAAUUGAUUUAAUUGAUAAGAAACUAUUAUCAUUUCCCAAAAUGUUGACAUUUUUUCAUACAUACAUCAUGGAAAAUAAAUAUCCAAUAUUAAUUGAACAAUUAUUUGAUAAAUUAACUCAAAAUGUAUUCAUAUAUAAAUGGAUCGAAGUUUUAUGUGAUGAUCGUAAUAUUCAAGAUAGAGAAUUAGCAUACACAGUCUUACAUUCAUUUAUGGACAUUGUCCUAAAACCAAAUUCGAUGGAUUUUGAAAAAGGCAAUCGAUUACUUGAGAUCCUACUCAUGUUUCAAGAAUUGUUAUUCGUUCAUUUGAAUAAUCAACCGAUGGAUGUAUUAGAUGAACUCGAAUCAUCUGCUCUAUCAACACUUACUAUGGAAUAUACGACACGUGUGAUCAAAUAUUGUAUUCAACAAAGCGUUAAAAGUGUUUUAUUAGAUUCACUUCUUCUUGGCUUAUGUACUUUCACUGAAUCGAAAUUUAAUUUUGCUAUCAUACAACCAAUUUUUGCUGCUAUUCUACCUGUAUUUGCUGAAUACUUAUUACAAACAACAAUCGAUGUAGACGAUAAAAAUAUUUAUCUAAUUUCAUGGCUAGUACCAAAGAUGAGUCAUCGAUUAAUUGUCGGUCCACCACAGAGUCCAUUGGAGAAAAAAUAUAAUAUAACAUUGAAGUUACCAUUAUUUGCUGGUGGAUAUGAAACAUUGACAACAGACGACAAUCCAUAUUUAUCGAAUUUAUUCAAAUCUGAUUUAACUGUUUACAGUCAAUUUGUAGUACCUUAUCGACGGCAACAAUCAGUACUAGACAGUGAGUUUUUACUCUCGGUUUAUAAUAAUACCCAUCAAGGUGCACAAUUAAUUUCAAAAAUGAAAUUAUUCACUCGACAUAAACAACAUAUUUUACAAAAAUCAAUUGAAUCAAACGCUGAUGAUGCAUGUGCUGCAAUAUUUGCAGUUUAUAUCAAACAUUAUCGUCGUAUUGAUCUAGCUCAACAUGAAUUAACUCAACCGAUCAAUCAAAAGCCACAUGGUAAACUUCUCUCAUUGUACGAAUAUGCCAAUCAAGUACGAACAGUUUUUGCUACGACCAAAGCUCAAGAUGGUGAUUGUAAUGAACUUUAUAAAAAACUUAAGAGCGAUGCAUUACUAUUACUCGUAUCAGUCAAAGAGAGUUGUUUCAUUUCAACAAUUAAAGAAAAUCUCUCAUUACCAAUAGUUACUACCAAUCAAUCUAAAUUACAACGACAAAAAUCACGUUGGACAAAAGCAAAAUAUAUUAUUCGACUACUUCGUCAUGUAUUGAAUGCUUGUAUACGAUUGAAAUAUUUGAUGUUAGCAAAAAAACAAGCUGUUGAACAAAAGAAGGAUAGUGAAAGUGUCAUGCAUCAAGCUAUUACUAAUUGUCUAUAUGGAAAUGAUGCAUCAAUAUCUAUAAUAAAUGGUAAAUUGAAAAUUCAAUUCGAUGAAGUUGUCAAAUGUUUGAUUCGAGAAUAUCAAAGAGCCAUGACUAGAUGGAUUACAUAUGUAUUUAUUUAUCGAUUUAUCGAACAAAUAAUCACUAUUAAAGAUAAUAAUCGAAUUCUAAAUAUUCUAGUUAUAACUUUAAUGAAUGUGAAAAGUAAUAAUUUAGAUUGGCAUUAUCUCGAAAAUAUUCAAGCAUCAAAUAAUCAAUUAAAAGAAGAUAUUGGACAUCAAUAUUAUUCAAUUGUCAAAAAAGUAUUAUCAUUUUCAAGUGAAUCCAAUAUGAAAACAGUGUUCAUGUUUUGUUUAUUUAAUAUGUUAAAUCUAUCCUAUGAUUCAAUGGAUUUAUGUCAUGUAAAUCAUUUUCAAUUUAUUGAAGAACUAUUUAAUUCGUUUGUUAGAUUUGCUCAAAUGGAUUCAACUAACACUAUUUCAAAAGAUAUGAAACUGACAGCAUUCAAUUGGUUUCGUCUACUUGUAUUGAACUUAUGCGAAAAUAUUGAAAUAGAAGAAUUCCGAAAUACACAUUUUGGUAGUCGAAAAUUUCAUCAUAUUUUACAACAACAACGUGAUUUGAUCUUUAACAAGUUAAUUUUAACUGAAUUCAAAGAAUUACAACAGAAUAAAUCCACAUCAACAUCCGAAAAAGAACACGAAAAUCCAUCAUUAAAAAAUGCAUCCAUUAAUCAUUUUAUUACAUCAUCAACGUUUGAUAUCGAUGCAUGUAUCAAUCAAUAUUUAAUGCUUUUACUUCGAUGUGUUCAUUUGUAUGAUCAUAUUCGAUCAAAUUGUGCUACAAUGGAAUGCAUUCAACAACUAUUGAAUUUAUAUCAUCAAAGUCAACUUCUUAAUACUCGUCUAUUAACAUUAAAAAUUCUACGUGAUCUAUUGAUAUUUUUACCGGACAAUACAAACGAAACUACACAUCGAUGUUUUAUUGAGAAUUUAUUAACGGAUAUUUUAUUUUCUAUUGGUCAAAAUUUUAAUUCAUUGGAUACAACUAAAAUAGAACUCGAUAUUGUCAUUGAAUUUAUCUAUAUCUAUCGUACGAUAAUGUUACAAAAUUCACCAUGGCAAAAAAUGGCGACUAAAUUAAUUAUUGAUGCAAUUAAAUCAAGUACGAAUUUUGAUUGGACAUCAUUGGAAUCUGUUGAAAUACGACAAAUGAAUUUCUUUCUCGCAUCAUUAUGUAUCUUAGGUGGUUAUGUUGAACCAUAUUGUUUAGGUUCAACAGUAGAAAUCUAUGCAGUUGAUAAAAAUAUCCAUGAGUCCGAAUCAGCAACUAUCAUUGAAAUCGAUACAAAUACUCUUGAGUCGGAUUCAUCUGAUAUUACACCUUAUCUCAUACAAUAUGCUGCAACAAAUCAUAUUCAAUCGGUUUCAUCGAAUCAAUUACGCAUCACUACUAAUAUUCUUCCACCAAAUCUCGCACUUUUACCAAUAGAUAAUGCAGUUCAUACUAUUCUUGAUACAUUAGGCUUACUUAUACAAAUUAAUACAUCGAAAACUGAUUCAUUGAUAUUAUUACAAAUAAAACGUCGUGCUAUAAUUGCAUUCUAUGCAUUAUUAAAUCAUAAGUCAAUUAUCGAUAUUUUCAUGCAAAAACCGUAUGCAUCUCUUAUUGCUAAAUUAUCGAUAUCAAUUGACAAUCUUGAUUCAAACACAAGUAUAAAACCGAACGAUUUACGAUUGUUUAAUCGAUUACAUCUAGAACAAUAUAAUUUAAGUUUAGAUAAAUGUCAGAGAACAAAACAAAUAGUGGAAGAUGAAAUUGAAAUUAUUCAUAAUAUUAAUAGAUGGAAUAAGAUAAAAAUUAAUCGUGAUGACAUUAUUCUACAGUAUCUAUCUGCGACGACUUCGAUAGACGAAGGAUGGAAACCUAUUGCAUCUAAAAGAGAAAUACAGUCAUAUAAACGGGGUAGAACUGGAAAUAAUGAAAUUCGUAUUGUUCCUCUAUCUGUCAACGAAAAUAUGCCAGCCUUAGAAGAAUGCGGUAAUUACCACAAAUUUAAAGGAAGAGUUAAAAUAACUGAUAGUACUGGAAAUAUUUACUAUUUGACUUUUUUUAUGGAUAAUAUAGCAGUGACCGAAGGAAAAUGGUACUAUUGCGUGAAACUUCCAUUAGGUGGUUCAGCACGAAUUGGCUGGGCAGCGAACGGAUUUAUUCUUACACCAGAUACUUUAAAACGUGUUGGUGACGAUACAUUUUCAUGGGGCUAUGAUGGGUCAUCAGGAUAUUGUUAUUAUAAUGACACGCAUAGUUUUCGUGAUGACAUUCGCUGGAAAGCAGAGGACGUCUGUGGUUGUGGUAUUGAAAUCGAUGGGGUAAAUACAACUAUCAAAUAUUGGUUAAAUGGUCAAUUUUUAGGUACGGCAUUUUCACACUCGGAAAAUAAUAAUAUUCAAGGAACUAUCAAAACGAAUUUAUUGCCCAAUGAACUUAAUACUUCUUAUUUUCCUGCUGUUCAUGUAGAAGUCUAUGGUAAUGAGAAUAAUACAGGUGCUUUUGAGUUUAUAUUUAGCCCAGAAGACAUGACUCAAUGUCCUUUACCGAAAGGUUACAAGCCAUUAUUAAUGCCGACAUUAAUUACAGUGGAAAAUAUAUUAGUAGCUUAUCCAUUUAGUGCCUAUAUGAUUGGUACUGAUAUUCAUCAAUACUUCUAUACGGAUCGAUGUUUAAAACAUGAUUCGACUGAAAAGAAAACUUCUUUGAUACGUGAUUUUGUCAAUGAUCGUCAUUACGAAGUUUCAUUCAAUAUCGAUAUGAUAACAACUGAUCAUCAUCUAUUGAAACUAUCAAAAGAUAAUGAUGGUUUUCCAUUGUCGAUUGAUAAUUAUCAAUCCUUGACUAUUAGUUUUGAUUUUGAACUUAUUCCAACAGAUGAAAUGAGAAAUCUUCCGGAUGAACUCGAUAUUAUAUUAUUUGCUUUAGAGAACGAAAUGUUUUCCAUUCGAAUAUAUAUGAAUGAUAUGAAUGAUGAUUUUAUGGAUGAAACAAUGAAAUAUCGGCAACGUGUUGCUAUCCUGUUUCAAACAAACGAACAAACGAAAGUUUUCAUUAAUAAUAAAUAUCAAACAUUGAAUUAUUGUCAUAAUUUUGAUCCGACAAGAAAAUCAGAAUUAAAUCUGCAACUAUUACCACAUAUAAAUGUUGGAAUUCGAAAUCUAGGUGUGUGGAAAUAUGCACUUUCGGAAGAACAUAUUCGACGUCUCUUCACUUAUGGUCUCUUAUAUGUUGCUGUCGACUAUCAAAAAUUGAGUGAAUAUCGAAAACAAGCAAAUACUUUCGUAUUUACAGCAGAGCAAAAAUAUUUUACAAAUGACACAUUAGUUCCAUUCAAUGAACCAUUUGAAGAAAAUCUAUGGCAGCAAAAAAAACAAUUCAUUGAUCAUGAUGAAUCGACCUAUUUUAAGACAAUAAUCGGAACUAAUCAAUCAGUCGUACAAUUCUUUGGAAAUAAAACUUACCUAAUUUUAAACACUGCAAACCAAGUGUGGUCUGAAUAUACAUUGAUUCUCGAUAUUUCGAUACCCAGUUUUGCAUCAAAUAAUGAGGCCCAAUUAACAUUGUUAACAUUGGAUAGACAAUCAGAAAUUUAUCUAACUCAUGACGGUCAUAUUUGUCUAUCCGGAGGACAUCAAAGUUCAUCAAUAGUGAAACUACAAGAAUACAUUCGUUUGCUUAUUUCUGUUCAACAGACAUUUGUCCAUAUCUAUGUCAACGGUUCGUUAGAACUCAAGGCAUCAAUUACAGAGGAUCAAUUUGCAACGAAAUUGAAGCGUAUCGAUUUGUUUCGAGAGGCAGAUUUGACUAAGAACACUACCGAUAAUGAUCAAUUACGAAUUGAAUGUCGAGCGAUAACAUUUUGGAAUAAAUCCACCAAUACUCUUCGUCCAUCAUUAGAGAAAUUGAUCCAAUCAACUGAAUAUUCUUUAGAUCAAGUAGUUGUUCCACCUUUUUGGAUUUUAUCAACAGGUCUUAUCGGCAUUGGCUACAAAGAAGAAUCAAUCGAAUAUGUAAUGAAACAAUAUAAUACGACAAAUAUUCAGUUUAUCGAUACCAUUCUACGAGAACAAAAUCAAGAAAUAGAAAAAAUACAUCGAAAUGAACGACAACAGAAAAAAAUCAACGUAUUAACACGAUUGAAUUCCUAUGAUGAAAAUGGAACAUUAGCAAUGUUGAUGAAAUCCGACAAGGAUACAAAUGAUUUGUCAAUAUCGACAUUAUCUAAUGGCAUGUCAUCAGAUGAUGAUAAUGAUAUGACAUCCGAAAAGGAAUGGUAUCGUAAAACUGUUCGUGAUGUAAGUAUCAAUGAAAAACUAACUGAAUGGAUGCGAGAUAAAACAGAGAUAAGUCAAUUAACAAUGAAUGAUCCUCGCUAUAAAUUUGUUGAUUUAACUAAAUCAGAUUUUGAAGAAACGACAAUUGACAAUGAAUUAAGAAAGAAAAUGAAAAUAUCAUUACAUUAUUCACAUCGACAAAUACCACGAAAAACUUAUAUAGAUUUAAGUACAAGUUGUGAAUACGGACUAAUAACAAUUUAUACACGUUAUACAAUAUUGAAUAUGUUAAAAGUCUGGUUCACUGAUGAUCAUCAAAGUUUAUUUCCACUUGAUAAAUUUGGUGAUGGAAAUUUUAUUGUAACAUUAUUACGAUUGAUGGAUUAUCACUAUAAUUGUGCGCGUACACAUGUAGAUGAAACUAUCAAUAGAAUGAAAUCGUUAACUAUGUUGAUAUUAAAAUUUGAAUUAAAAGAAAUAUUAAAAUCAAUGAUAGAUAAACAAAUUACUGAAGAUAUAUUGAGUAGAAAAGCUCCGCUAUUUUAUCAAUUACAAAAACACAUUGUUGAAGAAUUGAUUCAUUUUCUUGCUGAACCAUCUUUAAUUGUUAUGAAUAAUUAUAAUGAUGAAAAUAUCAAUGAACAAAUGUUAAUUAAACAAUCAAAUUUAGAAUUUCUUUUAAAUAUUGUGAAUCUCUUUCUGGAAUUGUUGACGGAUCUUGAGAUGGCAAAAUACAAUAUUGAUCAGAUGAUUCAAUUACUAUUUCCACCAUUAUUUAUCAAGAUGCUGUUCGAUCUAUUUUUAUUAGUACCAUUACAUCGAUGUAAAAUAUUCAUUCUCCAUAUUUAUACUACAUUAAUUCAAACAAGUGAAAAUUUCAAACUUCAUAGCAAUAUUCAACAUUUUAUUCUACAGCUUUUUAUUGAAUUAACAACAAACAAAGCUUGUCUAGAUAAUUUAACAUUGAAAAAUUUUCGAAUUGCUAUCAUGGAUCUAGCAUUUUCUCUAUUCGGAAGAGAAAAAGAAUUGAUUUUAGCAUUAAAUGAAUGUUCAGCAGAAGCACGUGAUAUAUCGAUAAUUCUCGAUGUUAUCAAUGUUUUAACGAACAAAACAAAACAAUGCCAAUGGCCUGAAUCACUUUUUACUCAAUCGAAUACUAUUUUAGGCGAGAAACUUUCAUUGACCAAAGAAAUGAUUGACAAAGCCCAUGUUCAUUUUGAUAGGACAGCUGAUGGACAACUAAUGAAAUUUAUGAAUCAAAAUAUUAAUCUCGAUUGGAACCCAUUACCACAUGAGUCACUUAAUCAAUUCAUCGAAACUCUACCAGCCGAGUCUGUUCCUGAUUCAAAUAAAUAUCAAUCAUUUAGCUAUUUACGUGAUAUACCAUCGGUACAUAUACAAACAUGGGCUAAACUUUUCUAUUUACUCAAUAUAUUCAUUGGAAAAGUCUUACCUAUAAUUGAUUUAAGCUUACCACCAGGCAGUAGUACUCUUACAGAUCGAAUUCGAGCAGCACGAAACUAUAUAUUACAUAGUGCAAAAUUUCAAUUGUUUACUGAUACCUCACUUAAAACUGCAUCUGGUACAUUAUUAUCACUAGAAGAGGUAAAAUUUGAUACUGUCAAAGCUAGUCUUGCUGAGCAGCCUGAAGAUACAAUGUUUCAUCAAGGAUAUAAACAAAUGUAUCCUAAUGCAUCUCGAACAUUUCGACGAACGGGUGACGAACGAGUUUGGACGGCUGUUUUUAUCGGCAUGCAUAGUAGUGAUGGAGGUGGACCCUUUAGAGAUUCAUUAACACGUAUGUGCAGCGAACUAUGUAGUACAAAAUUACCGUUAUUUAUUCUUUGUCCUAAUGGGAGAACAAAUAGUGGUUCAAAUCGUGAUCAAUGGAUUCCGAACGUUUUCCCGCCAGAUCGACAUAUACCAGAUGAAUUCAAAAAUCAAUAUCGUUUUGUUGGACAACUAAUGGGCAUGGCAAUUCGUACGAGAAACUUUUUAGAUGUUCGAUUUCCGACUUUACUUUGGAAGCAAUUAGUACAAGAAAAAGUUACAAUCGAAGAUAUUGAAGCUAUUGACAUAUCCAGCUUUUCUAUUAUCAAUCAAAUGGAAGAAAAUAUUAAACAAGUAAAAAUUCUCAAUGAAUCUGAAGAUGGUAAUGCAAACACCGAUUGUGAUUAUUUAUUUAGUAGUAUCAUGAGUGAACUAACAUUUGAUGUUGUUAGUUCAGCUGGACAAACUUUUGAACUUAUUCCUGGUGGCUUUCAUAUUCCUAUAACUGCUGCUAAUUUCGAAGAUUAUUGUAUGAGUUAUCGUCAAUAUCGUGUCAAUGAAUUUCAUCGACAAGUUGAUUGUAUUCGUCAAGGUCUAUAUAGUGUCGUACCAUCGGCUUAUUUAACUCUGUUUACUGCAAGUGAAUUAGAAGAAGCGGUUUGCGGUAAAGGUUAUAUUGACAUUGAAAUGUUGAAACGUCAUACAUAUUACAAUAGUGAUAAUGAGACUACGCCACAUAUCGUUCGAUUUUGGUCUGUUUUAAGUGAGAUGUUUAAUGAAGAACAGAAAAAACAAUUUUUAAUAUUCGUUUGGGGACGAAGUACAUUACCAAAUAGAGACGAAAAUUUUUCAACGAAUUUGCAAAUAUCUCGUCUGGAAAUAACUGGCAAUAUCGAUGAUGCCCUUCCGAAAUCGCACACAUGUGGAUUCGGUCUUGAUUUACCUCCAUAUUCAACUAAAGAAAUCAUGUAUGAACGUUUGAAUUAUGCUAUUACCUAUUGUUCCAGUAUCGAUAAUGAUUGGAACAUGAACUAA